CUUUCACAAACACGGUGCGAGAACAACAGAAGAGGGCUCCAUUAAUUAAAAUGUGUGGUGAUAACGAAACUUACUAAUUUAUACGUGUUGAAAUCGCGGGGUGAAAUGUGUAAUUAAAGAGGAGGUUUGGAAAGGAAAAUGUUUGAGGACGAACAACAACCAUAAGUGCUAUUAAAAGAAGUAUCGCUAAAAGCUAAGCAAGUUUUCGCGGCCAGCCCACAACAAAGCAGAGCAAUUAAAAAAUCAAUCACAAUUCUAAUUGAAAGCUGGGGAGACAGAAGCAGAAACAGAGGCAGAGGUAGGGCUCGGCAAUAUGUCACCCCCUAAGAACUGUGCCGUGUGCGGCGACAAGGCGUUGGGGUAUAAUUUCAAUGCCGUUACUUGCGAAAGCUGCAAGGCAUUCUUUAGACGCAAUGCGCUGGCUAAAAAGCAGUUCACCUGCCCAUUUAAUCAGAAUUGUGAGAUUACCGUGGUUACCCGCCGUUUCUGCCAGAAGUGCCGUCUGAAAAAAUGCUUGGAUAUUGGAAUGAAAAGCGAAAACAUUAUGUCCGAGGAGGACAAACUAAUCAAGCGUCGAAAAAUAGAAAACAAUCGUGCCAAACGUCGUAUGAUGGAGCACGGCGGAUCCGAUGCAGACGCAGAUGGCGAUUACAACAAGGUAGCCGGUGCUGUUGCCGAUAGUAGCUCUAAUGUGGACAUGUAUGGUGGCUCGCAAGACUCCCAAAGCUGCGGCUCACCCGACAGUGACGCCAAUGGCAGGCCCACGGGACCAGCUAGCUCAACCACAAGCAGACCGAGUGAUCGGCGUGCAGAAACUAACCCGUUGUUAAUGACAGCCGAUCAACUAGUUGACGAGAUAGUAGCUGAUCCAGAUCGCGCUUGUCAGGCUAUUAACAGACUAAUGCGUACCCAAAAGGAAUCUAUCUCCGUUAUGGAGAAGAUCAUUGAAUCACAAAAAGAUGCCUUAAAACUUGUAUCACACUUGAUCGAUUAUCCUGGUGACGCACUCAAAAUCAUAAGCAAAAUUAUGAACUCGCCUUUCAAUGCGUUAACAGUAUUUACCAAAUUUAUGAGUUCACCGACAGAUGGCCUUGAAAUAAUUUCUAAGAUUGUCGAUUCCCCUAAAGACGUAGUAGAGUUUAUGCAAAACCUGAUGAAGUCGCCGGAGAAUGCCAUUGACAUAAUGAACAAAUUUAUGAACACACCUGCUGAGGCUCUUAAAAUGUUAAAUCGUAUCUUCAAUGGCACAAACACGACAACAGAAACUGACCGGAAGCCCGUAAAUGGGAAUGGGGACAACAAUGUCUUGGAUAGUGGGGAGAAGGAUUUGGGUCAAUAUCCGCAGUGUGACAAACAGUCGUCGGCAGUGCGCGUGGACACUGUCAUACAGACCAUGCUGCAUGGCAGUCCAUCGGGGAGCAUAAGUAGCAUAAACACGGGAGAGGCCGGGGUCACCUCGCCAUUAAGCAGCAUUGCUAGCCCAACCAGUAAUAUACCAAUUGACUUGCACUAUCAGUCACCCAGUACGACCUUAAUGCCAGACGAACUGCCUAGCACAUCGGGCAGUCAUUCUUUGCCCUACAUAGCCAAUUCGCCAGAGUUCGAUGUAAAGGGCUUUAAUCAGCCCAGUUUUAGUGAUGAGCUCAGCAUGGACGGAAGCGUCAGCAUUAACUCCAUAGAGUCGGUGCUAUCGGAAGUCAUACGUCUGGAGUAUCAGGCGUUUAAUAGCUUGCAAGCUCCCGCUUCGCGCAUCAAAGAUGAACUGUAUCAUGCUGCUGGCGGCAUGCCAUCAUCCUACAUGAGUCAGGAGCAGGCGUAUGGCGGCUGCAAAGGCACGCAGCAAUAUCUGCAGCACCAGCAACCAAUUUGCGCACCGUCAAGCAUUAUUAUGGAGCGCGACCUGAACGAGGCUGAGCAGAUGAAGCUACGCGAGUUGCGAUUAGCCAGUGAAGCCCUCUACGAUCCAGUUGAUGAAGAUCUCAGUGCCUUGAUGAUUAACGACGAGCGUAUUAAGCCCGACGAUGCGCGACAAAGUCCAAAGCUGUUACAGCUUAUCAAUCUAACGGCAGUGGCAAUAAAGCGCCUCAUUAAGAUGGCCAAAAAGAUCAGUGCAUUCCGGGACAUGUGCCAAGAGGAUCAGGUGGCAUUGCUCAAAGGGGGCUGCACCGAAAUGAUGAUAAUGCGUUCAGUGAUGAUAUAUGACAACGAUCGAGGUGCUUGGAAAGUGCCACACACCAAAGAGAAUAUGGCAAACAUACGCACCGAUUUACUAAAGUUUGCCAAAGGGAAUGUCUACGAAGAGCAUCUAAAGUUCAUUAGCACAUUUGAUGAAAAAUGGCGAAUGGAUGAAAACAUUAUUCUCAUAAUGUGUGCCAUUGUUCUUUUUUCACCGGCGCGAGCGCGUCUGAUUCACAAGGAUGCCAUUAGGCUGGACCAAAAUUCCUAUUAUUAUCUUCUGAGAAGAUACUUGGAAAGCGUUUAUCCGGGCUGUGAGGCAAAGAACGCGUUUAUUCGAUUGAUACAAAAGAUUUCAGAUGUGGAGCGUCUGAAUAAAUUCAUCAUAAACGUAUAUCUGAAUGUGAACCCUUCCCAGGUGGAACCUUUAUUACGUGAAAUAUUUGAUUUGAAAAAUCAUUGAGACAAAUUUGGAAUUGAGCAUCAAAUGCCACAUAGAAUAAUCACUGGGCUGCUGUUGUUGUUGUUUCUAUAGUCUAUCAGCUACAAUUGUUUUUGUUUUUCGCUUUAAAAGUUAGAUUUAAAUCGAAUGUGAUUAUUAGAUUUGCAUAUAAAACAUAGUUUUUAUAUUUCUACAUCAAAGAGAGUAUAUUUAGGUACAAAAAGCAUAGCGAAAUAUAACAUGUACACCUUUUAAUUAGUUUUC